AUGUGUGUGUUACUGCUGAUAUUUGGAGUUCCAACAAUAAGAGCUAUUUAUUUAGGAAUGACUUGUCAUUUUAUCGAUAAACUUAACUACAGUAGGUAUUCUUAUAUAUUAGCUUGCAGGCGUAUAAAAGGAAAUCAUACUUAUUUAAAUAUUGCCAAAGUAAUCAAUGAAAUAAUGCUGGACUUUAAAAUUGAAAAUGAAAAAGUUACCCGUGUAGUUACUGACAAUGCCUCAAAUUUUGGCAAGGCAUUUCGUACAUUUUCAAAACAAUUUAAUGUGACUAAUACACAUAUUUCUGAUUCAAAUUAUUUAGGCUUAAUAAGUAGUGAUGACUCAGAUAGCGAUGUUAACAUAAGUAGUGAUGAUGAUGUAAAUGAUUCUAAUCUUGAAUUUGACGUUGUAGAUUUGUCUUCAUUGAUGUUAAAUCAUAAAGAAACAAUUACUAAUACAAUGUCUCUACCAAGUCAUUUAACAUGUUCAGCACACACAUUAAAUCUAAUAUCUUCAGUUGAUACUGCCAAAAUAGUCGAUCAAGCCUAUAAUUCAAUUUCAAAAAUUACAUUUAAAAAGUUAUCAUCAUUUUGGAAUCUUCUUAGUCGAAGUACUGUAGUCUCAGAUAAAGUUUUUGAUUUAUGUAGUUGUAAAUUUCCAGUUCCUAAUUUGACAAGAUGGAAUUCUAUGUAUGAUGCUGUACAUAAAGUAGUUACAAAUAAACAGAAUUUAGUCUUGGUGUUUAAUUAG